AUGGAGGUGGUGGUGCGCACGGUGCCCGGCGGCCGGAGCUGCUUCGUCGCGCUCCCCCUCCCCGUCAUCCAAGCCCUCGAGCGCACCGCCGCCGCCGGCUCCCUCCCCGCGGUCCUCGCCCUCGAGCUGCGCGGCCCCGACGGGGCGCGCUGGCGUCUCGCCUGGGCAGGCGCCGUCUCCGCCUCCGCCUCCCCAGAUGCCGUCGAGGUUUCUCAACAAUUUGCUGCAUGCAUUUCGCUACCUGACAGUACGAAAGCAUCACUGAGUGCUAUUUCUGUGUUGCCAAAAGCCAAAUUUGUAUCUGUGGAGCCAAUAAGUGAGGAGGACUGGGAAGUAUUGGAGCUUAACUCAGAGUUGGCAGAAGAGGCCAUUUUGAAACAGGUUGGUAUUAUUUAUGAUGGUAUGAAAUUUCCCUUAUGGUUGCAUGGCCAUAAUGUUGUGGAAUUUCUUGGUAUUUCAGCAUCACCUAGUAACUCAAUAGUUCAACUUGUUCCUGGAACUGAAGUUGCUGUUGCACCAAAGAAACGAAAAGGCGAUGCAAAUUCUAUUGAGUGUGCCCCUAAACAAGAUUUACUCAAAGCACAGCCCCAUAAAAAGGCACUCCUCCGUGUUCAGGAAGCAGGAGGGAAAUAUGUAGAUCGAUUUGAAUAUAAUGGAAUUCAACUGGGUGUGUUUGUUACAUAUGCUGUACAGAUUCACCCAGAUACUGCUGUAAAAUUGUCUCUCAGUAAUCUUCAGUUGGUGAGUAUCACCCCUAAAUUCUCUCCAAAGGAUAGUACAGAAAAUGGAAAAGGAUCUGAUCAGCAGAUCAAGGGUUCAGUGCCUGGUAUGAAGAAGAAUAGGCACAUUGUUGUGCACAUCAUAUUAUCAGAUUCUGUUGCUAAAGAACAUAUUAUGCUUCCUCAAUCCAUCCGCUGUUACAUUGGAACAUGUGUUCAUGCAUGGGUUUAUGUGCAGAGAUUCUCACCCACUGUAAAUAAGAAUACACCGUCAAUAACAAUUCGUCCACUCCACUUUAAGAUGCUGGAGAGAAAUUCUGAUAAUAACAGUGCAUUAGACUGUCAAGAACAGGAUAUUUUCCCAACGCUGGGUGAGAUAUCUUUAGCUGAUGAUCCUCUCGCGGAUGAUAACAUCAGCAUGUCGCGUGGGUUCAAUGAUAUUACUGCAGCUGCAAAUUGGGAGGAAAGUGUUAAACUGAAACAGGAGAGGUCUUUCAUUAGAUCAUGGCUUAUUGGGCAGCUAAAGGGAAUCUCCUCUCACAUUGCCCAACCUGAACUAAACACAGUGCUUCUGCCGUCUGAAACAUUACUUCACUUUCAAGUGAUUGAUCAAUCAAGAGGCGGUCCUGUUGACCUCAUUUACCUCUUGACGACUACCUCUGAUUUUGGUGUUAAGCACAAGAAAAAUGAACUUGUCACAGCAACUGAGUAUGGUAUUGAUAACUUUGAACAGGCUCUUCAGAAGUUGGAGUUGAAUAAGGCUAUAUCCCUUGAUUCAACAAUGGAACGAGCAAGGAAAUUCUUUGACAGAGGUCUUUCUUCUUUAAGUUGGCUGGAGAACGAAUUUUCUGAUAUAGAAAAAAGGUUAAGUGUCCUUUUGUCUUCAGCAUCUCUAAAAUUAUUGAGUAGAAUAAAGUGUCCCUAUCCAGGAAAUGUUCUUGUAUAUGGCCCUCCAGGUUCUGGGAAAACAACCUUAUGCAAAGCUGUUGCAAGACACUUUGAAGAGCAUAAAGAAAUUCUGGCUCAUGUGGUUUAUGUAGACUGCUCAAAGCUAGCUACUGAGAAGAAUAAGAAGCAGCUUCAGCAAAUUGCAGACUAUAUCUAUGAAGCUAUUGUUCACUCCCCUUCAGUUGUAAUAUUCGAUGAUCUGGACAGUCUAAUUUCAUUCUCCCCGGACAACCUAAAAUCUCAGUCGUCCAAUUCUAGUGCUAUUGUGAAAUAUUUGAUAGACAUGCUAGAUGAGUACAGAGAUAAAAGUCAUGGCAUGUGUGGGUAUGGACCUGUUUCAUUUCUGGCUUCAGCUAAGUCACUUAAGUGUCUUCCUCAAGAGUUGACUUCCUCAGGGAGAUUUGAUCUUCAUGUCCAAGUUCCUGGUUUGUCUGUGUCUGCUCGUAUAGAGAUACUGAGGCAGACAAUUGUCAAGCUUCACUUACUAUGUUCUGCGGAAAUCAUCAGCAACAUUGCUUCGAAAUGUGAUGGUUAUGAUGCAUAUGAUUUGGAAAUCUUGGUUGAUAACGCUGUGCUUGCUGCUUCGGAUCGUUUGCUUGGGUCUUCUACUGUAAAUCUGGUGGAGGAAGACUUCCUGAAAGCCAUGAGGAAUUUUUCUCCUGUUGCGAUGCGUGAUAUUAGUAAAUUUUCGCCUGAAAUUAGCAAUGGAUGGGAAGAUGUCGGAGGACUUUCCGAAGUUGUAAAUAUUAUUAAAGAGACUAUUGAAUUGCCACUAAAAUAUCCAAAGUUUUUUGCUGGGGCUCCUGUAAGGCUGCGAUCGAACAUCCUCCUGUAUGGCCCAACAGGCUGUGGCAAAACCCAUGUUGUGAAAUCUGUAGCUGCUGCGUAUUCUUUACGGUUCAUUCCAAUCAAGGGGCCAGAAUUGAUGAAUAUGUACAUUGGUUCUACUGAGCAAUAUGUUCGUGAUACAUUUGCAAAGGCAGCUGCUGCAGCACCUUGUUUACUUUUCUUUGACGAAUUCGAGUCUCUUGUACCACAGCGAGGAAAACAUGGUACACAAGUUACUGAUCGUGUUGUCAACCAGUUUUUGACCGAAUUAGAUGGUGUAGAAGCUCUGACAGGAGUAUUUGUAUUUGCUGCCACCAACAAGCCGCGCGAAAUUGAUGCUGCACUAUUACGACCUGGAAGAUUUGAUCGGCUUGUAUUUUGCGACUUUCCGCAAAAGAAUGAGCGUCUGGACAUUCUCAGGGUGCUCUCCAAGGAGCUUCCUCUGGCAAGCGACGCCGAUCUGGAACUUGUCGCAUCAAUGACGGAAGGGUUCAGCGGUGCCGAUCUCAAAGCUAUACUCACGGACGCUGGGCUGGAAGCCGCCAAGGAGGCUGUGCGAUGCCAACCCGGAGACAGUAGUGGUGAUAUCCCUCAAGAGCUGCCUCUUAUCGCCAGGGGAACUCUCAUGUCUGUUGCUUCAGAGGCUAGGCCAUCGACCUCGGAGGAGGAUAGGAGGAGCUUGAGGGAGAUGUUCAGCCAAUUCUCAACCUCUAGGAAAUCUUCGAUUUCCACCGAGCAGAAGAGAAGGGAAGCAAAUGGCCAGGGCCAGAGAGUAGCUGUAGCCGAGUCAUGA